GGUGCUGAUGCUGUGACAAUGGGAGUCAUCCAGAUAUGCAUCAUCUGGACCGAGUGUGCCUGAAAGACAGCAGCAACACGCAGGCUCGAGUGAUUGUAAAGGGACGGAAAAGAAGCAGUAGAGAAACGAGGAGCAUCCUGCUGUGAAAAGUCUAGUGAUGGGAGCUUUCAGCAGACAGAAGUUUUUCCAAGAGCUCGCUCAUGGUUGCCUGCUGCCUACGGCUCAGCAGGGCCUGGAGCAGGUAUGGCAGCUGCUGGUUAUCUGCCUGCUCUGUCGGCUUAUCUGGAUGUUCAGUCUCCCUUCUUUUGUGAAACACCUGGUCACAGUGGCUGGAGGUUUCUACACGCUCUACCUGUUCUUUGAACUCCACAUGAUCUGGGUGGUCCUUCUCAGCCUUCUCUGCUACCUCUUCCUCUUCCUGUGCCGCCAUUCUACCAUCCGGGGCACCUUCCUCUCCAUCACUGUGCUUAUUUACCUGCUCCUGGGGGAGCUGCAUAUGAUGGAUACCACUAACUGGCACAAGAUGAGAGGUUCUCAGAUGGUGGUUGCAAUGAAAGCCAUUUCUCUGGCCUUCGAUUUGGACAGAGGUGUUGUGGCCAGUGUGCCCUCACCCAUUGAGUUCAUGGGCUAUAUUUACUUCGUGGGCACAGUCAUCUUUGGUCCCUGGAUCAGCUUCAACAGCUACAAAGAAGCUUUAGAAGGCCGUAAGCUGAGCUUUUUGUGGCUUUUAAAAGUGUCUGUUAGCUGGGUGAAGAGCCAGGUCUGCCUUGUUAUUUCCAACUGUGUGGCACCCUACCUCUUCCCUUAUUUCAUACCUGUCUAUGGAGACAAACUGCUACGAAGCAAAAAGAGGAGGAAGAUCAGAGGUACAGCAGCAAAGUGGUUACUGGCAUAUGAGAACACGAUGUCUUUCCACUUCAGCAAUUAUUUUGUUGGCUAUUUGAGUGAAACUACUACUACUCUCGCUGGAGCAGGCUUCACUGAGGAGAAAGACAACCUCAAAUGGGAUAUGACCGUAUCCAAGCCACUUAAUAUAGAGUUUCCACGGUCAAUGGUGGAGGUGGUGACAUCGUGGAAUCUGCCCAUGUCUCGCUUUCUGCACACCUAUGUUUUUAAGAGUGCACUGAAAUUUGGGACGUUCUCUGCCAUAAUGGUGACAUACACAGCCAGUGCCCUUUUGCAUGGUUUGAGUUUUCAUCUGGGUGCAGUCCUAAUAUCUUUGGGGUUCAUCACAUACGUUGAGCACGUGUUGCGGAAGAGGCUUGCAGCUAUUUUUAAUGCCUGUAUACUGUCAAAGAAAUGCCUGCCAAACUGCUCUCACCAGAACAAAAAGGGGUUAUGGGUGCAUAUGAUUAACAUAGCAUUCAGUGCUCUGGCAAUACUCCACCUGACAUACCUCGGCUCAGUGUUCAGCUCCAGUGUGGACUUUAUGGAGGAGGAUGAGGAUGACAUCACCCAUCAUACCAUUCAGAAGUGGUCAGAGCUGAGCUGGACCAGUCACUGGGUCACAUUUGGAUGCUGGAUAUUAUACCGCCUCAUUCUCUAAUAAUAAGAGGUGAAGAAAGAGUGAAGGAAGCAAUAAUGAGAGAUGGAAAACUGGUUCUCCACUUCUGCACUGUGACUUUAUCCUGCAUCAGACCGAAGAGAACAGAAUCAUGCUGUAUAAAACAAUGAGCCAACAUGCAGUGUUCAGGUUUCACUGGCUGGGUAAUCUAUUAUUCUAACCUGCUGGGGACUAAUUUUGAUAUCCAUGAAAUGAUAGCUCGCUCCUCAUUUCUUUUCUCCGCGUCGCACCCUUUUUAUCUGAGCCGCAGUUGUCGAGCCCUCGUGUUGUGACAGCGGUUACUGAUGUCUCACUGAGUCACAAUCAAUACCUAUCAGCAUGGUGGAUAUCGGGUGCUCCUUUCUGUGGACACAUGAUAAAGCCCAUUAUCUAGGUUUCAGCAUCAACUGCGGCAGAUAUCUUCCAGAUGUGGUUUCUCUUCCCUUCAAAUGUUUUUCAAUCGUGCUCUUUGUUUUAAAGGGUCAGGGUGGUAGGCAUCUAUGUCUUAUAGUUAACAAAUCCCAUGAAAUGACCAAAAUCAAUAAUGUAAUUGUAGAUCUCUCAGUACUUUACAGUUUCCUCCAGCCUGUCUGUCUGUAGUACUCAGCCCUUCUUCUGUAUGCUCUGAUUUGUAGAAAAAGCCCAAAAAGAUUAUGAAAGAGCUGGUGACUGUAAAUGUCACUCAAAUAGAAAUGACUAGAAUAAGGAAUCUCUGCAGUCCAUGGUGGGAGCAUUCCUCAUUCAACCAUCAUUAACACUGUUGGCUCCAUAGUACUGCACUGGUGCUAUGCAGAGCUUUGCAGGUGCAUACCUACUUGAUAUAGCUGUCUGCUGCCACUUGGGGACAGUAUCGAGAACAUGAGGAACCCCUGAAAAUGCGGGCUACUCUUUGUGUUUGCUUUGGUGUUGGUCCUUUGCCUUUGUCCACAAAAGACUGUAUAUGAAAGAUGGCUACCUUGACAUUUUUGGUUUGUCUAAUCCCAUUUUAAAGCCUCUAAUUUAGCUCUAUAGCUGUCACUAACCCCACCCCCCUUCUUUCUUGGAGACAGAAGAGACCAUAUUUAUCUGAGGAGGUGGAUUGCAGCAUUGCCAGCUAAUGCUAGCUUGGUUAGCAUUCUGCAUUCAUAGGAUGUAUGGGGCACACACACAAAUGCUAUUAAAUACUGCUAAUUAAUGCUAAAUGCGCUUAGAAUAAAGUAAAAGGAUUUCACUCACCAAGACUAAAAGCACCAACACCUCAAAUGUUAACUUAGACUUAAGUUAACUUAGACAGCUAGCAGAAUAAGUAACUCCCACCAACCUUAAAAAAAUGUACAUAAGUGUAAGUUGUUUUUUAAAAAAAUGCAGUGUUGAUGCAGUUUUUAUAAAGAGAAAACUUUGAUAUAGAGGCUAAAAUCAUUUCAUGGAUGCAGUUUAUUACUGCAGUAAAUUUGGGGAUUUUAACAUUAGCGUCGAUGUGGACAUUUGGGGUAUUUUGGCAUUUCUUCCUCUUUCUGUGAGCUCCGCUGUGGUUGAUCUCUUUCUGGUUCAAGCCAACCUUUCAACCAAUCAGUAUUCAGCCUACACACUGGCACAAGAACAAUGCACUAUGUGCUUGUUGGAGGAGAGCGUGCAACCAUGUUUCAAUGUGUCCAUCAUUUUUCCUCUGGGUGAACAUAGAGCUACGCUAACAGAUACCAACAGGGAACGAUAAAUCAGCUUUGACCCAACCAUAUCAGACAUUUUUGAAUUGCCUGGUUUGAUUGAGGAAUGACCAUUUGUCUUAUGCAGAGACCUAUUGUUAACAAUUUUCAAUUUAAUAUACAUAACAGAACACAAAACUUUCUAUUAGGUUAGUUAGGCUGUUAGCUUUGGUCUUUUCAUGGAAUUACUAUAAGAAAUAAAUAUAAUAUUACUAGUCUUACUUUUUAACAGAGCUUGUCUCUCAAGUAUGUGUAAGAAAAUAUGGAAUUUACUUUUGAAUGAAAAGAGCACAGAUUAUGGUUAUGAGGCAGCAAUAUUAUUAUCACCAGUAAUGAUUUCCCCCUUUAGUGAAUUUUAGAUAAAGACAAAUAUUCAGUAAGUCUAUGAAUUAAAGUUUGUGGUGGAGUUUCCUAAUGGUGUUUGUAUUUAGCUUUGUGUUAUUUUGAUAAUUUAAUUUCAUUUGAAUUAAUUCCUCUGGCUUAAAGUAGGUUGUAUCAGUAUUUUUAACAAUCUUUUGUUCGUCAGUGCUGAAAAAAAAAAGGUUUAGAAUCAGGGUAAUUCAAAAUGAGAUUAUGCUCUAUUAAAUAUUCAUCCUUAACUACAGAUUUUUAAUACACAGCUUCUUUUAAGAAUACAUUUAUGUAAUUAAUGAUGAUCUGAUAAAAUAACACAAGUGUCUAAAUCAGACUGUGGUCGAGUCUAUCUUUCUUAAAUCUAGGGUGUCAAAGGAUUUGCUUCUUGACUAGUAUGUUGUGUUAGAUUAGAGCCUGAAAGUUUGUCCAUGCCCAAGAACAAGUGCUCAGUCUCUGCAGACCUAAAACCACCCAGUAUUUUAAAACUUGUUCUGAUAUUUACUUUAGGCCAAUGUUUUGUCCCUGUAAAUGUGAAGGCACUGAUACA